AUGUUGUGUCUUUCUCUCCUUCUCCUUCUCUGCGUGGCCUCUGCCUCCGGAAUCUACACCAACACAUCCUCCACGACCCAGCCAACGCCGACGCCGUGGAUCCAAGGAUACCUCGAAAACGAGCUGCCGCGGUUUGCCAUCUACGUGCCCACAGAGCUCGGCCCCUGGGACUCUGUCUCGAUAGUCUCUAUCGGCAAGACGUCCAACUUUGAGUGGGUGCCCGGCACCGCCGAGGUUUUCGCCGGUCCUGCCGCUGUGAAAUCCGGAAUCGAGGACCUCUCCACGGCCUCGGCCACCGACGUCGUCGUGUCCACGCCGUUCUCGUCGCUCAGCGGCGCCACCGUGCUCCAGUUCGUGUCGCCUGAAGCCACAAACGUCUACGACCGCGUCUUCACAGCCACCUUCGCCGUUGUCAUCACCGCUUCCAAUUCCAAGAGAGACGAGCACGUGUACUAUCUCACCGCCACCGUCAGUCUCGUCCACGAGGAGACCUCGUCGCUGCCGCAGCUCACCACGCUCGUCACCACCACCUGCCCCGGUGGAAAGUGCUCCGUCGAAAUCGUGACCGAGUCGCUGUCCUCGUACACCACUGUCAUCGGCAACCAUAGCACUGUGAUCACCGAGUACAACGUCAUUCCUGGCUCUUCGGCUGCGCCGCUGACCACCACGACGGCUCCAGUAGCAGCAUCUACUGGCUACCACCUCAACAGUACGCGCGUGGCCAACACAUCGAGCACCUACGUGCCCCCACUUACCACACAAUCUACCAAGAUUAGCACGCUCACAAAGCACACCCACGCCACCGAGAACACGCUGAGCUCGUCAUCUUCGUCCUCGGCCAGCGUUGCCUCGUCAGUCAUCACAUACCAGGACGCCGCUGGCAAAAACCUGGCCACCGGUUUGGUGGCGGCUGUCGGAAUGGCUAUGGUGUGGCUGGUGUAG